AUGGCAUCUGUAGCAUUCAUGUACCACUCGGGUGCAUUUAAUUUCAAGUAUUUUCAAGACGCCCAUACGCGGCUCAUCUCCGAGUGCUGGGGACCCGAGGGUCUUGAAAGCUGGGAAGUCACGCAAUUCGAGCCUGGCCUGCCUUACAUGGCACAGGUGGUACUGAAGUUUGAGUCGAUGAACAAAUUGGAAAAGGCAUUGGCGGGCAACAACUCGAUGAGGGUUUUCAACGACAUUCCUUGCUUCACCACUGGUCAGCCCCAUAUCCUGAAAGACAGACCGAGUGAGAAAUUACCACAAUUCCGCGUUGACAUAGUGACGGAUAUCAACUGA